AUGCCUAAUUCACGAGAUGAACAGGAGAGCAUCUCUUUGAGUUCAAUUUCUUCGUCGGCUGCAUCAAGAACAUCACCAACAAAUAGAGAGAACCCAAUCGCAUUUAACUCCAAGUAUGAAGAGCACAAUGAUAAUACGAUAAUUUGCAAUGAAUACUAUCCCGAGGGCGAUAAUCGAAAUAUUGGAUCUACUAUCAUAACAGAAGAGCCAGUAAGAAAAAAACCUUUAUGGAGAAAGGUUUAUGACGUCUUAUAUCCUGAUUACGUCUUAAAACAUUUGAAUUACAACUCAUUAAAAGUGGUGCUACAGAGCUGGGCUCAGAUUUUCUCUGCGGCAAUUUUAACAAUUGUACCAAAGACAAGCAACUGGCUCUCAGGCGCACCUUACUUGGCUUUGAUUGUGUCGUUUAUCGGUAUUUCUGGUGGCACAUCAAUUAUUCAAAAUGUUUUGAUUGCUUUGGCUAUGUUGAUUGGGGUGUUGAUUUCCUUUGUGCACCAUGUUGUUAGAUCCAAGAUUAUCAAUGACUUACACGGCGGAAUUACACAGCUGCAGUUAGUGCAAAACUUGAUAAAUGAAGGUGUUUGUCAAAUGGGUUCUGAGCUUCAAGACUGUGUGAUUGAUCAGAUUUAUAGUGGGAGGUACAUCAAAACGAGUGCUGUUGUCAUAACAAUGAUUUCAAUGAUAACAAACACAGUCAUCUUGGGCAACAUUAGAGGCAUCCACCCGUUUUGGAAUUCGUGUUAUAUCAUUGGCCAGAUAGGGAAUGUGAUUUUCUCAUGUUAUGGACAUUUUUCACCGUUGUACCUGCCGUUGGAUAUGGGAUACACUGUGUUGAGACCUGUUGGGUGUGCCCUUCUUUUGAAAGUUGGAGCAGCUUUUUUUGUGUUCCCACUGACUUCCAACUUUAGAUACAUUGCUGGUGCACAGGGCAUUCUCUCCCAAUUAAAGCAAGCCUCAGCCAAGAAUAUGCGUCUUUUCAAAACAAUGAAACCCUCAGCUCCAAAUUUUGCCAACUAUAAAGCUUUCAAGAAGGAAAUGACAAGCAUUCGAGGCAAAAUGGCACCGAUGGAGGUUAUCGCAUCCACAAUUUGGUUAGAGUAUUCUUAUGGGAGGUUCGACGUCGGUGAUGUUGGGCAAUUUAGAUCUUUGGCUAAAAACUUGGUUACAUCUACUGCAAGCUACGCUCAUUUUUUCCAAUUGUUACAGGAACGGACUUUUUUUGCCAAAGAUGAUUUCCAUAUGCCCAGGCGUAGGUCAACUGUGUCCUCCUUGACCCAUGGACACGCCAAGAUUUAUAGUGCAUUCCAAGAUUCCUACAGAAAAGUUGGUGAAUACGAAAACAGGAAACGUGUAAAGACAUUGCGAAAUCGAAUUGCAUAUCAUGGACGAGGGCAUAGGUUGUCACCCGAUGAGAUUGAUCAAAUUGCUAAAAUACUCACAGACAAACUUAGUCCUUUAUUGGAAGUAUCGGACAAUGCACUAGAGGUAAUACUUGAAUGGGUUGCUGCUGCAAACAACUUUAGAUUUUUUGCUCUAGUGCCGUGGGAAUAUAAAAAGCAUGUUGCAAAACAAAAAGAAAUGGCGGAAAAGGUGAAACAAACAAAGAAGGAGAUUUUGGAAUUACUUGCCAAAUUCGAAGACGUUGAUACUUUAAAGAACAUGAUGCUCGACAACAGUCGUAGUGAGGAAUGGCUUUUGUUCCUCAUUAGUCAAGGCGUGUUGUUUCUUCAAAUCGCUAGACACCAGUGUGAUAACAUUGUCAAACUAAUUGAUCUUCUUAUCGAUUUGGAUGAGAAGCGUCCCACGCCCACAUUUAUAUCGUAUUUUACAAAGACCAAGUAUUCGAAACCCCGUCAUUUAACUAGUGAUCUUGACGGAGAAGUUCCCGAUUAUUUGCGGCAAGAAACGCAGAGAAGAGAUGCUGAUAAUUUGCCUCCAGCCAACUUGGGUCAAUACAUUGGGCUCUAUAUCACCAAGGCAUUUUACUUUUUGAUAUCCGACAAAUUUUGGUUUUGGAUUCGUGCGGGUGGAUUGAUCUGCCUUGGUGCUACACCAUACUUUGUAAGAACUACAGCAAAUUGGUACUACAACAUAAGAAUGGUUUGGCUUGUUAUUAUGAUUGCUGUUUCCAUUAGUGAGAGUACGGGCCAAACCACAUAUGUGUUCAUUUCAAAGCUUAUUUACACAUUUGCGGGGUGUUUACUUGGACUUGUCUGCUGGUAUAUUUCAUGUGGAAAAGGCGCUGGUAAUUAUUAUGGUUACGGUGCUGUUAGUGGUGUCGUUUAUCUUUACUUGAUAUUUUUCAGACAUUUUUCUGUGCACCUGACAUUGCUACCUCAAGUUUUGCUUGGCGUGACUACAAUUUUGGUAUUGGGAACAUCAUGGCUAGAUGCUAAUGGAGGAAAAGCUGCGAAUGUCGGUUAUGGAUGGGAGCCAGCUUACUUGCGAUUUAUCGGAGUUGUCAUCGGGUUAUGUAUAGGGUCAUUGACAGCAGUGCUCCCUAAGCCCAAGUCCUCAAAGUUUAUUGUGAGACAAAUCUUGGGAUCCUCAUUAUCUGAGGUUGGUAAUAUCCACUGUGAUAUUUCCAAGUUUGCUGUAAAAAGAAGUAACGACCCUUCUUACCAUAUUAAGGAGAGGCAUGACCUUCUUUUGGCUAGAUUCAGGUAUUACUUUAUGAGGAUCUCGCUGUUGAGUAAACUUUUAGUUCCGUUGAAAUUUGAAUUGCCUAUUUCAGGAUACUGGCCAGAAUCGAAAUAUUUACGACUUCAAGGGUUAAUUGGUGACACGGUGCAAUUGUACUUGAUGAUGUUGAUUGCUUUGAAUGAGCUCGAGGAUCCAGCAACUUGGGUACCGAUAAUAAUGAAACGUGUUGGAUUUUGCUAUUCUGAGUUGGAUGCAGAACUCUUUUCUCUCAUCCAUAUGGCUUCAGACGCAAUAAAGACAAAAGAUGCGUUGCCCAAAAUUACAGAAGCGAAUGUUUCAUUAAGACAUAUGGAGUUGUUGCGUCGACAGUGGGGUAUUAACAAAAUCUCAUUGAGUGAGAGAUUUUACAACUUUAAAACUAAUGUCGACGAAAGUGGUCAUAAUGCUUUGACAGAACAUCUAGAUUACAACAAGUUUUUCAGUCGAGAUGGACAAUUGAACAUCUUGUCAUUGUUGAUUGCACAUAUGAUAUACAAUAGAUUGGAUGAGAUCAUGAUUGUUGUGAAGGGACUUGUGGGUGAGAUGUACGAUAUGGAUGAAAGUAUUUUGAUAGAUGAUGACACUGAGGAUGAAGUAGCCGUCGAGGAGCUAGAGAGAUGA